AAAAAAAAAAACCAGAAAAAAAAAAAGCAAAAGUCAACUCUACCUCAUACCGGUGGACUCUCAUCCGACCCAUCGCAACCUGGAAGAAGGUGACCGGGAACUCCCUCCUUUGUCUCGCCUGAUCUUUUCCAUUCUGCCACCAUGUUCUCUUCUUGGUCCUUUGUCCCGACCUUUGUAUCUCGGAUUGUCCUAUAACGCGCUGCUGUGAUCGUGGCUGUGGACGUGCGCUCUACCCCGCCGGAGUAAAGACAACCUGGCAUAAGGUGACAACAAUCAUCCCCUGUCCAGCUGUACACCUGCAAAUCUGCGACAUACCGAAUUCGUUAUCACUUGGAUCGUCUUUCUCUCCUUUAAGCACCUAACCUGUGCUUCGUCCGACUUUAAGUUCUCUUUCUCUGACAAAUUACUUUAACCCUCUUCUGACCGUGCCUCAUACUGCCGCCAUGGGGAACCCCCCCGCCGCCAUCAUCAUUGCUAGGCACGGCGCUCGCCUUGACGCUGCCGACAAGAAUUGGCAUUUGACAUCGCCCACUCCUUACGACCCUCCCCUCUCCUACGGCGGCUGGCUACAGUCUCGCGCUCUCGGUGCUAGAAUCGUCGAUCUUCUGCAGACUUUAAGUGAUGAUGCAGACAUCGCGACCUCAUGCGAAGACGUGCAAAAUCGAUUCCCUGGCGCGAAGAAUACAAAGCGCAAGCGUCGCAUUGUCAUCCAUACCUCCCCAUUCCUUCGCUGCCUCCAGACAGCUAUCGCAGUGAGCUCGGGAAUCUGCCAAAAUUCCCCUGAGCCUGAAGACUAUCAUCCGUAUGCCUCAAUUGCAGAACAGAUUCGCGACGCGACUCCUCAUUCCCUGAAAAAUCGGACCUUGCACACUCUUUCCAGCUCGAGCCAGAGAACCAGCCUGGACAAUACACGGUGCCUUUUGCGUGUCGACGCUUUUCUUGGUGAAUGGCUCAGUCCUGACUAUUUCGAACAAAUUGUUCCUCCCCCUUCAUCUGACCGACUGAUCGCCGCUGCCAAGAUCGAGUUGCUACGCCGCGAGCAGAGCUUUGUCCCCGAGGCAGACAUCAUUACCCGACCAUCUCUCGGGUUCUUCCCCGGUGGCUGGGGAAGCGCCUCAACUCCGGUUUCUCCUGCUGCAGAUCUCCCCGCGACCAGCAAAAAUGGAUUCACGUCAACCACGGAUGCGGCGCCGGCGCUGAGACAUCGCGCCGGUAGCGACACCGUGAGCGCGGGUGAAGCCUCGCGCGGCCCCAAAUUACUGGGCCGAAUUAACACCAACCUAGCGACGAUUCACGAUAGCGCAUAUGUGCCUCCGACUCCUAGCUAUGCUAUUUCUCCUUCCGACCCGAUUCCUGCUGGCUACGUGACGCAUGCCCGUGAUGCUUGUGUGAAGGUUGACUAUCAGUGGGACAGCAUGCGCAGUGAUCUCAACUGGGGCAGUGGAGGGGAUUACGGAGAGGAAUGGAGCACAAUGCAUGCACGGGUUCGCAAUGGGCUGGAAUGUAUGGUCAACUGGUACGACGAGCAUGGCCUGUCGGCCUCUACCACCACCAGUCACAAUCAACAGCGCUCGCAGUUCUUAGACGGGACCGGAGAGACCUCUGAAGAUGCUGACGAUGACACUGAGACGAUCUUGGUUGUGAUCACUCAUGGAGCUGGUUGCAACGCUCUCAUUGGAGCUAUCUCCGGGGAGCCAGCGCUUGUGGAUAUCGCUACGGCGUCUCUCACCCUGGCAGUGCGCCAGCAUGAUUUACCCGAAUCCGUCGGAACCGCCUCCACGGCGUCUGUUGGGUCUCUGGGAUCCGAACAGUCUCUGGAUGAGCUGUCCCCCUUACAAAGCUAUCGCUUGAAAAAGAUAGCAUCUACCGAGCAUUUACGGAGCGGGGUUAGUAAUCCUGUGGUCUCGUCACCCGUCAACCUUAGCUCGCCGGGUAUCCCGACCUAUCGGGCGCGGACUGCCCCACGCAAGUCGUUGUCACAGGGAAUGUUUAUCAUCGGCCCCUCCUCGACGUCUGGCAUGGGGUCGCAGUCGUGGAAGGCGGCGCGGCCCUCGACGGCCGUGGCCCUCGGUGGUUCGACAGGGCUAUGGGGAUCCGUGUCUGUCUCAGCUGAGCCCGCAGAUGACAUUGUGCCCAACUUUGGCGACUGGACGACGCCAGCAUCUUCGUCUGCGAAUGGAAACAGUCACCGUGCGGAUCCAGCCCCCGCCACCGAGCAAACCCGGACCAAUAACCUGCCGCAACGCACGAUGUCGCAGCGUGGUCUGUGGGGGAGCGAACCCGUGCUCAAGGAUCGGGAAGCGGGCACCAAACGGCGUUGGACCGUGACGGAACGACGACGGCCGUAAUUUUGGCAUCCGCUGUGAUAGGCACAUUAGCUUCUUGGCGCUGGCGCAUUGUCCUUGACAUCAAUCAUGAUUUAUGAACUACUGAGGCGCAUGUAGCUUGCAAUUUCGGCUUUCUUUGAGGGGAGGAUGCAUGUACUAAUACAACUAUGGCUUUCAAACACAUAUACCCAAUCAAUCAAGCCAAGAUCAUUCC